UUUUGGUCCUGUUAAUGAGAAAAAACUUGCCUCAAAACUGUGAGGAAGUAGUUGAAAAAAUAUGGAAAUCUCUAAUUUCAGCAAACAAUCACAACGCUUUAUUAGAUAAAAUAGACAAGCAUCAAUUUAAACAUUUAUUCCUAACAUCGAUAGCCGAGAAAAGUACUAUUUUUGCAGAAUCUAAAGGAGCACUUUAUGGCUUUAAUGUUACCGUCAAAGACUCAUAUUGUGUGGCGGGAAUGAGGACCACGUGUGGAUCGAAAACACUCAAAGACUUCAAAUCACAUUACUCUGCGAAUUUAGUUAACAAAUUACUCAAAAAUGGAGCAAUUGUUUCGGCAAAAACAAAUUUGGAUGAAUUUAGUAUGGGUAGUCAUUUCGGCGUCGUCACCAAUCCUUGGGACAAAAACAGAAUUUGUGGGGGAAGCUCAAGUGGGAGCGCGGUCUCUGCUUUUAUAUUUCUCAGUUCAUUAGGAGAGGACACGGGAGGGUCGGUUAGACUUCCUGCUGCUUUUUGUGGAGUAGUUGGCUUUAAACCCAGUUUUGGAAUUUAUUCUCGUCAUGGGUUGAUCCCCUUGGCCAAUUCACUUGACACUCCUUCCUUCAUGUCACGCCAUGUUUGCGAUAUUAAGUUAUGUGCAAAAAUAUUAUCCGAUGGGCCUGAUGGGGCGGAUUUGACAAUUUCUCGGGUUAAAAAUCUAUUUAGCAAUGAAUACUCUGACUGGUCCACAAUCCGGGUCGGAGUCCUCGAUCUUCGAUUUGUCAAGGGAAAUGCCGAUUCUCAAGUAAUUCGAGAGAUUAACCGAAUUGCUGAACUUAUUGAAGGACAUAAUAUUGAAAUAGUCAACCAAGUAGUCCUACCUCACGUGGGUUUAUCAAGUUUAUGUUAUGACGUCAUUUGUUAUUCUGACGUGUGCUCGAAUAUGGCCCGGUACGACGGUGUUCGAUAUGGUUGGGUACGGAACUACAAAAACUACUACGAGCAGGCCAUGAAGGUUCGACGUCUUAUUUCUGACGAUUUUUCUCGUAUUUUUGAGUUCGUGGAUUUUUUACUGAUGCCCACGACUACACAUUUGCCCCCGACUUUUGCCGAAUUUGAGGAGGCUGAGAAGAGUGGGAUAGAUUAUGAUAUUUUAACAAUCCCAGCAAAUUUAGCGUUUUCCUCAUGAGAUUAAAUGAAAGGGGUUCCCUCCAUUUCAAUUCCAUGUGGAUUGUCGUCUGAUGGACUUGCAAUGUCGUGUCAGCUGAUAGCUAGAAAAUACGACGAUUGUAGGCUUCUUGAUUUUGCAGAUUAUGUUGCAAAGAUUAUUGAUUUCAGUGGAAAUUAUGAUCGUUUUAAUAAUUUGGUUUGA